AUGGCUGAUAAGUCCAAGUUUGUUGAGUACAUUGAUGAUGCUUUAGAAAAAUCAAAAGAAACGGCACUUUCUCACUUAUUUUUCACAUAUCAGGGGAUUCCUUACCCAGUUACCAUGUGCACUUCAGAAACUUUUCAAGCCUUGGAUGCCUUUGAAGCCAGAAGUGACGACAUUGUGCUAGCAUCUUAUCCAAAGUGUGGUUCGAACUGGAUUCUUCACAUUGUCAGUGAAUUAAUAUUUUCCAUUUCUAAAAAGAAAUAUGAAUGUCCUGAAUUUCCAGUUCUUGAAUGUGGUGACCCAGAAAAGUAUCAGAGAAUGAAACAGUUUCCAUCACCACGGAUUUUGACAACUCACCUCCAUUAUGACAAAUUACCUCAGUCCAUCCUCAAGAACAAAGUCAAGAUCUUGGUGCUGUUUCGCAACCCUAAGGAUACGGCAGUGUCUUUUUUUCAUUUUCACAACGACGUUCCCGACAUUCCAAGCUAUGCCUCUUGGGAUGAAUUCUUCAGGCAAUUCAUAAAGGGACAAGUUUCUUGGGGAAGCUAUUUUGAUUUUGCAGUUAAUUGGAACAAACAUAUUGAUGAUGAAAAUGUUAAGUUCAUAUUAUACGAAGACCUAAAAGAGAAUCUGGCUGUUGGAAUAAAACAGAUGGCCGAGUUCUUUGGAUUCUCUUUAAUGGAUGAACAGAUUCAAACCAUCUCAGCCCAGAGCACCUUCCAAGCAAUGCGAGAGAAGUCUGAGGAAACACAUGGUGCUAUUGGCCCCUUCCUGUUCCGCAAAGGUGAAGUUGGUGACUGGAAAACUUUGUUCAGUGAAACUCAGAAUCAGGAAAUGGAUGGAAAAUUCAAAGAGUGCUUAGCAGGCACUUCCCUUGGAGAAAAGCUGAAGUAUGAAUCAUAUUGCCUGCCUUGAUUC